ACCUUCUCCUAGCAAUAACCUUCAUCCAGUCUUAUUGAUUUAUUUGAUCCCUGCAGGCAAAUGUUUAGGGAUUACUCAAAAUCACAGCAGAUGAAGUUUGGCGUAAUGUAAGCUUGCCCCCAAAAAACAAAAGUAUCAGUAGGGGCGAAUUCGCUGUAAAACGUGUACAAUUUUCCCGUUAUGGAAUAUUUCCAAACGCUGUUAUUGAAAAAUGUUAUACGUUACACACAGUGACAGCUUUAAAAUCCGGUUACGAAUCAUAAUCAUGGACGGACCCGAAUACCUUACCUUCCAUGACUUCCAUUCCUCGAGAAAAUCAUGUUUUACAAAGUGUUCUCGAAAGUCCUAAAGCACACGAUUCUUGGGGUUCGACGACAAGAAUACUACUCCGAUGUAGGCAGUCUCUUACUGUGUUUGUCCCUGUGUAGAUCAUGAUUCCUUGCCCGUCUAAGUGUUACUGGUUGGCCGUAUUUACCGUUACUUUAAUUAGCAACGACUGUAUUGGACAACAUCAAGACUCAAUUAUAAAACGUGCACUGUUUAAAAGUUGGCGAAAGAAAGCGGACCGGCUACCUACGAACGAAGAACGCUCUUACACACCACCGCAAGGCAUCAAAAAUCGAGGCUACCCAGUUGAAAUUCACCAAGUAACUACUGAUGAUGGAUACAUUUUGGAACUUCAUCGAAUUCCACCAAAUUCUUCGACGACUCCAAAGAAAGUGGUGUUCUUGCAGCACGGGGUAUUGCAAACUUCUGGCGUCUGGACGGGUAAUCCCACUAAUCGUUCUCUUGCAUUUUUAUUAGCGGACAGAUCGUACGAUGUAUGGCUGGGAAAUUUCCGCGGGAACACGUUUUCCAGGAGACAUACAACGCUUAAUCCCAGCCAAGCUGAGUUUUGGAAAUUCAGCUGGGACGAAUUAGGAAAUCAUGAUAUCCCAUCAUCGAUCGACUACGUACUGAAAUUUACCGGCCAACAACGACUAUCCUGUAUAGGAUACUCAUUAGGAAGUGCUGCGUUUUUUAUAGGGACGGCCAAACAUCAAGAACUUAAUUCGAAAAUAGAUAUUGUGAUUGCCCUUGCCCCACUUUCUACCUUUGCUCACUCUACUAUCGAGGUUGUGCGCGUUAUUGCUCCAUGGAUUACUUAUCUCAAGGGUGCGCUGGAUUUCAUGGGAGUUUAUGGAUGGUUUGACACUGACGGUUUAGGCGAUCGCAUUUUCAAAUUUGUUUGCGAGCAAACUCGCACGCAAGCGCAGUUUUGCAUUGACUAUUUUUACAAUAUUUUUGUUGGACUUAGCAGAAAUUUAGACCCUGCUAUGGUUCCGCUGUUUAACGCGAACCUUAUGCGCGGAACAUCGGUAAAAGUUAUUGCCCAAUUUGCGCAAAAUUUCAACGCAGGUAAAACACUUCAGGCUUAUGAUUUCGGUCGAGAGGGUAAUCUGUUGCGGUAUGGAUCUCGCAAACCGUGGACGUACGACCUUAGAAAUGUUACAGUUCCGGUGUACGUCUUUUCGGGAGGAGCUGAUGGAGUUGUAACUCCAUUGGAUGUAGAUUGGCUUUUGACGCAAUUGGGAAACUUGGUAGGCUCUACUCGUCUUAGUGACUACAACCACUUGGAUUUCCUCUUUGGAAUUGAUGUGAAAGAAAGACUGUACGACAAAGUGAUCGCCCUUUUGCCACCACCAUAAGCCGCAUCAACGCAUAAGCGACAGGAACGUUUCUCAGGCACAUAAUUUAAUUUUAACGUUUGAAAAGGUUUUGACGUGAUAUACUAAUCAAUCUUUCGAUCAGACAGAAUACUUACUAUUGUUUAAGUUAGG